CGUCCCGGAGGCGGCCCAAGAUGGCGGCGGCCAUGCAGGGCCCCGGCGCCCGCCCCGCUCAGCGCUCCGCCCGGCCCCGCCGGCGCCGUUGAGCCUUCCGCCGUUUUCCUCCCUGUCCCGGAGCCCCGCGGCCAUGGAAGGUCCCGGCGCGGCGGCAGCGGCGGGCGCGGGCCCGGGCGGCAGCAACGUAUCGGCCUUCCUGACGAAGCUGUGGACGCUGGUGGAGGAUCCCGAGACCGACCCGCUGAUCUGCUGGAGCCCGAGUGGAAACAGCUUCCAUGUGUUUGACCAAGGACAGUUUGCCAAGGAGGUGCUCCCGAAGUACUUCAAGCACAACAACAUGGCCAGCUUCGUACGGCAGCUCAACAUGUAUGGCUUCCGGAAGGUCGUGCACAUCGAGCAGGGAGGGCUGGUGAAGCCGGAGAAGGACGACACUGAGUUCCAGCAUCCCUACUUCAUCCGUGGCCAGGAGCACCUCCUGGAGAACAUCAAGAGGAAAGUCACCAGCGUGUCCAGCAUAAAGAACGAGGACAUCAAGGUGCGGCAAGACAACGUCACCAAGCUGCUGACCGACAUCCAGGUGAUGAAAGGAAAGCAGGAGAGCAUGGACUCCAAGCUGAUAGCCAUGAAGCAGUAUGUAUGUGGGGAGGGGUGGCGGAAAUCUCACCGUUUGCUCCGUGUUUUCCUUCCUCCACACGUUGGGUUUGGGGCAGGAAGUGGGGCAGUGCUGCGGGGAGCUCGUGAGCACCAUCACAGCCCGUUGGUGACGUCCUGUUUGCAGCCAGAUCGCAAUCCCGAACAUGGGGUGAAGGUUCCUGGAGUGCAGCUCUGCUUUGAGACCCUUGCAGUGGUGGUGAGGCCUUCUGUGCCCCCCUGGUUUUGGUCUGACGUUUUGGGUGAUGUUUUGCCCUUGUGGGUUUCUUUGGUGGACUUUUUUUGUCUCCCUCUCACAAAGUGUAACUGUUCCAUCCUGUGCUGCGCUGGGGUGUUGGGGUCAUUUCGGAUCAUGUCUGCUGCCCUUCUCUUGUGUUACUGCAGUCCUCCUCCAGGCCCUUGUCCUCUUGCACCAGUUGGAUUCUGGCUGUGUGUGGCUCACUGACGGUGCUUGCGCUGGGCUGGAGGCAGAGCGGGCGAUCUCAAGGCCUCCAGGAUGCUGCCUUCCCCUAAAGAAAUCCGUCACCAAGGUGAUGAGGCUCCAGCACUGCUGCCCGGAGCUGUGGGGGCCCCAGCCAUGGAGGUGCCCCAGGCUGGGGGUGGGCACUGGGCAGCCUGAGCUGGGGGGCAGCCAGCCCACGGCAGCGGUGGGGCUGGGGGGUCCUUAUAACCCACUGUUCUGUGGUUGUGUGAUCUGUAAGGACCCUUCCAACCCAACUGUGGUGUGGUUGUGUGAUCUGUAAGGACCCUUCCUAUCCAACCCAACUGUGUUGUGGUUAUGUGAUCUGUAAGGACCCUUCCAUUCCAACCCAACCAUUCUGUGGUUCUGUGAUCUGUAAGGAUCCUUCCAAUCCAACCCAACCAUUCUGUGGUUCUGUGAUCUGUAAGGACCCUUUCUAUCCAGCCCAACUGUGUUGUGGUUGUGUGAUCUGUAAGGACCCUUCCUAUCCAACCCAACUGUGUUGUGGUUGUGUGAUCUGUAAGGACCCUUUCUAUCCAACCCACUGUGCUGUGAUUGUGUGAUCUGUAAGGACCCUUCCAAUCCAACCCACUGUGCUGUGGUUGUGUGAUCUGUAAGGACCCUUCCUAUCCAACCCAACUGUGUUAUGGUUCUGUGAUCUGUAAGGACCCUUCCAAUCCAACCCAACUGUGCUGUCAUUGUGUGAUCUGUGAGGACCCUUCCAAUCCAACCCAACCAUUCUGUGGUUCUGUGAUCUGUAAGGACCCUUCCUAUCCAACCCAACUGUGUUAUGGUUCUGUGAUCUGUAAGGACCCUUCCAAUCCAACCCAACUGUGUUAUGGUUGUGUGAUCUGUAAGGACCCUUCCAACCCAACUGUGUUAUGGUUGUGUGAUCUGUGAGGACCCUUCCUAUCCAACCCACUGUGUUGUGGUUGUGUGAUCUGUGAGGACCCUUCCAAUCCAACCCAACCAUUCUGUGGUUGUGUGAUCUGUGAGGACCCUUCCUAUCCAACCCAACUGUGUUGUGGUUGUGUGAUCUGUGAGGACCCUUCCUAUCCAUCCCAACCAUUCUGUGGUUGUGUGAUCUGUAAGGACCCUUCCUAUCCAACCCACUGUGCUGUGCUUGUGUGAUCUGUAAGGACCCUUCCAAUCCAACCCAACCAUGCUGUGGUUGUGUGAUCUGUGAGGACCCUUCCAUUCCAACCCAACCAUUCUGUGGUUCUGUGAUCUGUAAGGACCCUUCCUAUCCAACCCACCGUGCUGUGGUUGUGUGAUCUGUAAGGACCCUUCCUAUCCAACCCAACUGUGUUGUGGUUGUGUGAUCUGUAAGGACCCUUCCUAUCCAUCCCAACCAUUCUGUGGUUGUGGGAUCUGUAAGGACCCUUCCUAUCCAACCCAACCAUUCUGUGGUUGUGUGAUCUGUAAGGACCCUUCCUAUCCAACCCAACUGUGUUAUGGUUCUGUGAUCUGUAAGGACCCUUCGAAUCCAACCCAACUGUGCUGUGGUUGUGUGAUCUGUAAGGACCCUUCCAACCCAACUGUGUUAUGGUUGUGUGAUCUGUAAGGACCCUUCCUAUCCAACCCAACUGUGUUGUGGUUGUGUGAUCUGUAAGGACCCUUCCAAUGCAACCCAACUGUGUUGUGGUUGUGUGAUCUGUAAGGACCCUUCCAAUCCAACCCAACUGUGUUAUGGUUCUGUGAUCUGUAAGGACCCUUCCAAUCCAACCCAACUGUGCUGUGGUUGUGUGAUCUGUGAGGACCCUUCCUAUCCAACCCAACCAUUCUGUGGUUCUGUGAUCUGUAAGGACCCUUCCAAUCCAACCCAACCCAACUGUGUUGUGGUUGUGUGAUCUGUAAGGACCCUUCCAAUCCAA